AUGCACACUGAGAGUAAAAUCGAGGCAAAGCGCAAGGGGGGGCCUGCUCCUCCGCUGCUGGUCAACUUGAACGCCUCCUUCAACGCAGCCAAGGGCGCCGACAUGCGGUGCUGGCGUCGAACAGCAUGGCAAGCGCUGCAGGAUGUCCUGCUUGCAAGGAUCGCAGAACUUCGAGAAUGCGAGCUGAUGAUCCCUGUUGUCUCUCAUCACACUUUGCAGUUUGCUGGAGCGCGCUUCCCUCGCUUGUCGCAGGCAUGGACUCUUGACACGGACGUGGAGGAAGAGAGGAUGAGCAGGAGGGCGUCACGGAUAGAUAGCAACUUGGAGGAGGAGGGGGAGGAGGGGGUGAUCAAGUCUCUAUCCUUCGACGAGGAGGACGACGAGGCUCAAGGAAGCAUCGACAUUCUCGGAACGGAGAAGAUGGAGAUGUUCCAUGAGCUGUCACGGAUGAUCCUGAGCGAGCGGGAGGGCAUGGAGAAUGUCGCGCGGUCUGUGCGGCAUGCGACCGCUCGGUACAUGUCGGAGGAGGAUCACGUGGAAGAGAAUCUGGACGCCAAUCGCUAUCAAACUGCGGGGAUGAAGCGGAAGGCAAGCGAAGCGGUGGAAACAUCGCAGGAAGACCAACGGACAGGACGCGGGGGCAAGGAGGCAGUCGCAACCAACGUGUGGGGGUUGUUUGGGAGCUUGACCCAGCUAGAUCAGAUCACUGCGAACUUGUCACAGCUAGGAAGCUUGUUGACCACGCCCUUCAUGCGCAGGCACAACCUGCAGGAGGAGAUUUCAGAUCUGCUGCACUGA